UAAGUACUUGUUUGUAACAAAUCGAAAAUAGGAAGGAAAAGUUAGGAAGGAACUGUGCUAGCAAAUAAAUUCAGAAUUUUACUAAUUAUCGUUUCGGCCAAGUUAAAAGUGAUAAAGCAAUAUGCAUGAGGAGCUAGAUGACAUGGGCUGUGUGGUCAGCAUUGUGUUGAUCUUCUGUGCGGCUGCCUUAGCGUAUUUAUACGUCUAUCGAUAUCAACUGAGACAUGGCGGCCGCAUCCAACUGGAUUUGGCCAAGUUGCGUGCUACCGAUCUGCCCGACUUACCGCCGAUCAAGUUGACCCUGGAUCAGUUGCUGGGGUUCGAUGGGACCCGAAGUGAUGGCAGAAUACUGGUGGCGCUCAGGGGAAAAAUAUACGACGUGUCCAGUGACUUCCCAGAAUUCGGCCUGAAUGGCACGCUGUCCCAUGUGGCUGGCAGGGAUUUCACUUACUAUCUCGAGACAAUAAUGGACAUGCACAACUCGGAGAUCAACUAUGUGGAUCGUUGGGAAGCCAUUCUGGAGACGAAUUACUCACGUGUCGGCAUCGUAAUCGACGAGCUCGGCCAUCCCCUAAUCGAAAAGAAAAGUAGUCUGAGUGUUAAAGAUCCACAAAAUUCAGAAACAGUCGAACAAGAUCAGGAGGGUGUGGUGAGAGCAGAAGAAGUCGGCGCUACUGAUUCGGAUACUGCCGUCUCAAAUGUGAAGUCAAAAAAGACACUGAACGAGGUGCUAACAGCAGAAACCCUGCCAUCUCAUACAAUGCCACUGAAAUAUUUUGAGGAACCCAAUUCAGACCUCGUUAUUACCGCGGAGAUGUCUGAUUGCUAAAAAUUAAUAUCAUGACCACUUUGGGUUAGAUUUGCUGUUUUAGAAGAUAAUUUCGAAUUUCCUAAUAAAGUUAGUGGGUGUUGCAAUAAACUGUUGGCGUAAAAAGGGA